AUGGCCCCUAAGACAAGGGCAAAGGCAAAGGUUCCGUCAAGGAAAUCGACGCAGUUUAGCCAGCUUGACACUACGCCAACCAGUCGUGAUCGUCAGGGACUUCACUCAGAAAAUGGACCUAAUACGGAUGCAGCGGGCAAUUCAUUAUCUCAUACUAAAGCGAUGGAUAUGGCGUUUGAUUUGCCUAGUCCAUUUGACGACGAAGGUAUAGAUGAUGCUGCUCUCUUGGAGACCGACAAACAGCCUCAAGCUACGAACAAUACAGUGUCCAAAGGGUUCCCUUGGUCCGACAUUGAGUCAGGUGUCCGGCCAAGUUCGCCAAUUCCUGAUACAUAUGACAUGAGCGAGCCUUGGGAAUUAGAUGGCACAGACGUGCCAUUGGCGUCAAACGAGGGCUUAGCGAAUUCAGAACUUCCUGACACGAUUCAAAUCCCGCCAUCGAACACUCUUCGGACGAUUGCUAAUUCUCCACACUUUGUAGACUUCUCUGAAACGGCGUCCACAGGUCGCCGCAGCUCGCCUGCUGGAGACAUCGCUGAUACUGGCUCGUACCCAUGGGAUUUUGAGCUCGAUGCCAGUAGCGAAGAUGCUGAGACAAAACUCAACUCUACUCUUAAUCGUGGAAAUAAUACCCAUACAACACAGUUAAUCACGAUUUCACCCACCAGUGAAAACAGGAAACGGGCUAUCAAUAGCGAAAUCAUGUCGCCAUCGCCAUCACCAAAGCCGAACCAAGUGGCGUCCAAGACCAUAGCAAGAAAAACUACCCGCAUAAAACAAAAAGCAAAAAGCCCACUACAGUUUGAUGAAGAUACCCAGACAAUCAAACCCAGGAAUCAGACUGUCAAAUCUAUUGAAAAAUUAGGGUAUGGAGCGAAGUCUGCGACGAUAGCUUCUCCUCAGCCACCGCGCCCAAAGUCCAAAGUCAAAAAGCCCGUGCCAGCUAAAACGACAGCCAAAGAUACUGUUACAGGAAAAAAUGUAGUAUCUACAGACCGGGUCACUAGAAGUCAAAAGAUGAAAAAUGAUAAAAAUUCAACAAAUGACGAGAUUGACAAGGCUUUGUCUACUGAGUCAAAAUCGCCAGAUGUCAGUCCCCAGACAACAGUGGAUAAAGGCAACGGAUCCCUUCAAUCCGCUUCAAUCAUUCAGACCCCGCAGAGCAACAGUAAUAUAUCUGAAAAUUCAUCUCCUUUUACCAUUCCCGACCGUUCAGUUGCUUUUGAGCCGGGACGGCUUGCCACAAUCGACAUGCAACGAGAGCUGGACUCUCAAAGCGAGGACGACUCGCUUCGCGAGGCCAAGAGUGUUAUACCUUGUUCAGAAGUGGCCAGUCCAGAAAGACAGUCUUUUGUUGACGAUCUAGAAGACGAUUUUCUGACGUCAACUAAAUUUGGAAAUGGAUAUUCGGAUGGAGAGCAACUAAGAGAUCUGAGUCCGAGUAUCUCUUUAGGCAAUAGCAGGCGAACAGCUACAUCACCGUCAAACUAUGGGACAAAUUUAAAGUCGAAAAGUCAUAUCACCAUAUCCUCAGAUGUGUCUUCAUCGUCUCAUACUGACGAUGACCAUACGCCAUUGGGAACGAACACCUCCAGUCAGGUAGAUCCCAAAAUCACCCAGUCACGGAGCAUCCCCAACAUGAAUAGUCAGCCCCAAGUCGAAAAGUUUACAAAAGGCAUCACUAAGACUACUGCAGGGCAGGGAAUGCGUGAUAGGCUAUAUACACGCAUAAAAAGUCUGCCAGUCACAGCCAGCCAAGCAUCCGUGGAUAACCACAAUGGACAAAGUUCUAAACUCUAUCUGGAACAGCAAUUACAUUGGACUGCGGAGGUUAGGCAUCUACAGUCGAUUAUGAAUUAAGUUAACAAUUUAUUUAGCGGAUGAUUGCCCAUUUAAAUUCCAAAGAAGAUAUAAUUAUGAAUAUUGGUCGGCGUUAUCAAGGGCAGCUCAACCUUUGCAUAGGCAAUCUACAGCGCAAGUUUAACGCCGAGGAGCAAAUAACGAAAGACAAAUCAGCCAAGCAAAUGAUUAAAGUCAGUUCCAACAUUGAUAGAGCAAGAGAGGAAAUUAUAAAGGGCCGAAAAACACGCGCUGCCGCAAAUCUUCAACUAGAGCGGGUUGCGAAGCGGAGAAAGCAAUACUAUCGUGACGCCUUGGCACAAGUGGCAGCUGACGUGGACGAUGGUAUUUGAAGCAGUGGCAAUGCCAAGUCGACAAUAUCUCGCCAGAUUAAGUUGGAGAUGGGUCCAUUAGAUGUUACGGAGCAGCAUCGAUGACACCGGGUUUGGCAGGUUGUGGGAUCGCGCAUUGCGAUUCGGGAUCGAACUGAUGGGCAAACGGAUGGCGCAAUGACGCAGCAAACAAUCAAAAAGGACAAUUUGAAUCCUCAGAUCGCUCGUAUUUUUUAAGAAACUAAUCAGGUAAUGGAUAGGCGCUGUCUUUGGGCGUCAUCGUUGGGGGUGCAUGGGCGGCAGCUGGUUGGCUGGAGUUGCUGCCGAUGUUUUAGAUGCGUGUAAGUCAUGAGUAUCAUGUCUGAGACGCGGGGAAGCAAAGCGGAUGGGCAAUGGUCCGAGACUGCCGUGCGAAGAACAAGCAUUAGAAACGUUUAAAACUAUUUCAAUAGCCUGGCGGCC